AUGGCGGCGCGGCGGGGCUCGGGGCCGCGGCCGGUGCUGCUGGCGGUGCUGGCGCUGCUGGGCCCGGGGCGGCCGCUGCCGGGGGCCAGCGCGACCCUGGACCUGCAGGAGCUCAGCGACCUCAAGUACGGGCUCGAGAUCCUGGCCGAGCCCGUCCUGGCCGGGCAGCAGCAGAGCUCGGACGUGGUGACCGUGGCGUCGCGGUUCCGGCAGCGUUACGAGUGUCGGCUGCCGCCCGCCGCGCUCCGCCCCCGGCCCGGCCCCGACGAGCCGCCGCCGCUCUACAACGGCUCCGGUGUCAGCGAGCUGCUGCGGCCCAUGGCGGCCGCCCCCUGCCUCGUCAAGACCAAGGACUGGUGGACAUACGAGUUCUGCUACGGGAGGCACAUCCAGCAGUACCACGUGGAAGACUCAGAGGUCAAAGGUGACAUCCUCUUCCUCGGUUACUACCAGUCGGCGUUUGACUGGGAUGAUGAAGCUGCCAAGGCCUCCAAGCAGCACAGGCUGAAGCGUUACCACAGCCAGAGCUACGGCAACGGCUCCCGCUGCGACCUGACGGGCAGGGCCAGGGAGGCUGAAGUGAGGUUCCUGUGCGAGGAGGGCAGCGGCGAUUACCUGGCGCGUGUGGACGAGCCGCAGUCGUGUCGCUACGUGCUGACGGUGCACACGGCGCGGCUGUGCCGGCACCCGGCGCUGCGCCCGCCCGCCCCCAGCGCGCAGCAAAUCCGCUGCCAGCCCGCGCUCAGCCCUGCGCAGUACGGCCAGUUCCUGCGGCGCCGCGCCGCUGACCCCCAGCUGCAACAGAAGGACCCUGAGACCCCCCCAGAGCCCCCCGAGGCUGCCCCCACAGCCCCUGGCAACGGGGAUCCCCCAGAGCCAGCCCAGCAGCUCGAGGCGACUGACAGAGCUGGUGGCCAACACACCAGUGCCAGGGCAGAGGAGCUGUCCCUGUCGCCCCAGGGGGCUGAUCCACGGAAGAAAAUCCACUUCAAAGUGAUCAGGAGUCCCAGGGACCUGCUGCAGUUCAUCGAGGAGCUGAAGGAGAGCACCAAGAAGGCCAAGAAGGAGGAGGAGGAGGAGGAAGAGAGGGGGGAAGAAGCAGCAGCAAAGGUUGCUCCCACCCCCCCGGUUUCUGAGGAGCCUGUAGUGGGUGGGAGGGAGGAAGAGGAGGAGGAAGAGGAGGAUGAAGAGACCGGGGAGCUGCUGAGGGGCUUUGAGAAGGAGCUGGAGGCCGUUCUGCUGCCCCGGGCACAGGUGGCUCAGCUGAAGGAGGAGGUGAAGAGCGAGAUGGAGAAGGAGUUUGACAACAUCAUCAACGAGGUGGAGGAGGAGCUGGAGCCAGAGGGGCUGAAGGGGGAGCUGGACCGAGGCCGGGCCACCACGGCGUUGGCGUCAACCUUGGACCGGCUGAUGGAGAAGCUGGAUGGGCCCGGGGCGGGCAAAGAGGAGGAGGAGGAAGAGGAGGAGGGGGGGGCUGGGAGGAAGAGCAGCGACGGGAGGUUGAGGGUGAGGCUCAGCAAGAUCGGGCCCGGUGGGAACCGGCAGCGAGACCCCGCCCCCUCCUCCCAGAGCCCGCCCCGGGGGCAGCCCCUGGAGAGCCAAGUGCGGGAGCUGCUGGCCAAGGAAGGGCUGAGGGCUGAAGGGAAAAUCGAGAUCAAGAUCAUGACGCCAGGAGGGGCCGAGGAGGAGGAGGAGGAGGAAGGGCGCUGGCUGUCGGAGGAGGACAGCAGGAGCCUGAAGGAGAUCUUCCUCAGCAUCCUGGUGCAGGGCACGGAGGAGGCCCAGCGCGAGCGGCAGCGGGCACAAGCCCUGGAGGAGAAUUAUCGCUUCGUUUGGAGGGGGGGACACCCCCAUGGGGACCCCCCCUCUGCCCACAGCGACUCUGAUGACCCCGAGCUCUGAUCCCACCCCCUCUGCAGGGACUUACCGCCCCCUACUCCUUACAGGGGAAGCUUGGACUGUUUCGGGGGGGGGGGGGGGGGUGUAUUUUUGGGGAGGGUCCCGUUGUUGCCACUGGAGCCAUUUGCCCCCUGGGGGGGGAGUCGGGUCGUUCUCUCAUAGUGAGAUGUUGGGGGGUCGUCGGGCUCCCCCCUUUUACCAAUAAACCGUGGGAGCCCCCCCAA